AUUAGCGCUCCGUGGUGCAGUCCCCCCGAGGCGCAGGACCGGGAGAGAUCCGCUGUGAGCUGAUAAAGAAUUGCGGCUUUGUGAUCCCUCCAGUUCUGUCAGGGAGUUCACUCCGGCCCGUUUCGUGUCCCACACUGCUCCCGGUGGCCUCUCUUCUCCAUGGCCCCCCUGGCUCACACCCUGGCACUGCUGGCAAUGGCCAUGGCCACUGCAGCCAUCAUAGAGUUGCCCCUGGACAUGGCCCCGAACUCCUUCGAUGACCAGUACCUGAAAUGUACGGAUUCCAUGCCCAAGAAAUUCCGGGAACUCCAGUUCUCUGACUUCUGUGAGAAUAAAAUGUUUGCCAAGAACUGGACGAAGGCCAAGGCCGACUGGGCAGCGGCGGGUUCUGUUUCACACUCUCUUACCCAAGACCAGGCCAUCGCCCUCUGGGCCUACACCAUGAAGGAGUUGGGCUUGUACCAGCAGUUCAAUGUGGCCGUGCGUGCGGCUGGAAGCAGCAAAUGGAAGUACCGGAACGAAUUCCACUUCAAAUCGCUGCAUUUCCUGCUGACCCAGGCCCUCCAGAAGCUGAGAUGCCCAAACCAGUGUUAUGAUGUGCACCGGGGGGUGGGCGACAUCAAGUUCUCAGUGAAUAAAAACGACAAAGUCCACUUUGGUCAGUUUGCGUCAUCGUCAACGAGCGAAAAUGUGGCCAAGGGUUUUGGACAGGGCACUCUAUUCAAAGUGCACACGUGCCACGGCGUGGACAUCCACGAAUUCUCCAAGUAUCCAGAGGAGGAGGAGGUGCUGAUCCCACCCUUCGAGAUCUUCAAUGUCACUGAUGUCAACGAGGAAGGGAACACGGUGGUCAUUGAGCUUCAAUCCUUCGGGAACGGCAGCAGAUACGACUGCGAGUGGCUGAAAGGUGGGAGCCUCCCCAGGAACUGCCCCCACCUCGGGGUGCUUCUCCUGGCCACCGUGGCCAUGGCAGUGGUCACUGGAACCCUCUGA